AUGGACCUCAUGGACCUGUCUCAUCAAAAUAGGAUCAACACACAGCUGAGCAAGCAGAAAGUUGGAAAGACUAUAUACACUGACUGCAUACGGGCGGAAAACAUCAAGCAGAUUGUUCCAGCAAUUACACAGUGCAUUGAAUGUUAUCCCCGAUUCCACAGAGCCGAGAAUCCAGACAUCUGCAUCAUGGUAACUGGAAUUCCCAACGUUGGAAAAUCAUCUCUGAUAAACGCACUGCGCAGAAUGCAUCUUAGGAAAGGAAAGGCCUCUAGAGUUGGUGGAGAACCUGGGAUUACCCGCUCAGUGCUGAGUAAAAUACAGGUAUCUGAAAAUCCUUUAAUCUACCUCUUGGACACACCUGGUGUUCUCUCCCCACGUAUUGAGAAUGUUGAGACAGGAAUGAAAUUGGCGCUAUGUGGAACAAUUCUUGAUCAUUUGGUGGGAGAGGAUAUCAUUGCGGAUUAUCUUCUUUAUACCCUAAAUAAUUACCCCCAACACAGAUAUGUGCAGCAUUAUGAACUGGAAGGGCCAUGUGACAACAUUGAGACACUCUUAAAAGAAAUUGCUAAAAAGCUGAGAAAAACUCAGAAGGUUACAGCUAUUACUGGUACUGGUAAGUUUUCUGAAUAUCCAGAUGGCUUUUUAUUCCACUAG